AUGGAGCUCGUCCGGCUAGGGUUGGUGGCGACGGGGUCGGGUGCCUGUGUGAGUGAGAAAUGGAAAUGGGGAUGGGAUGAGAACCGGAGAUGGAGACGGUAUGGGAGCCAUGCCGGUCGGUGCAUGGUCGGUGGCCGAUCGUACAUGGUCGGCGCAGCAUUAAAUGUUGGCUAUCCGACUUGUUUUGCGCUGAGCUCUGCGUUCCAGCAGAAAGUGCUCAGAAAUGGAGAUGGGGAGGGGACGGGAUGGGAUGAGAACCGAAAAUGA